AUGUUCCGCGGGUGUUUCCAACAGACUCGUAAACUGCUCGAUCUCAACGAAGAUCGGGCGCUGAUGGCGGCGCUGCAGAGUGACUGCACGCGCGAGCUCAUGCACAGGUUGGAGGGCCUAGCGGGCGAGGUCCCUGCUGUCCAGCUAUGGCGAGAGCGGCUGGCGACAUCCCCGAUAUUAUCGGGGAUGGAAAACUCCUCAGACGAUACAGCCAGCCGCUCUUGGCUCAGGAGAAGCCUAAGGGCUGGACAGGUAGGGACUUCGUUCGCGCGGUCCACUACGUACUAA